GACACUCUCUGGCCGCAAGGCCUGAGGGAACAUGCUUUUCUGUGGCGUUGGGCUGUGGCGCCGCUGCGGAUCUUUCCCUGCCUUCGUUAGGGAUGGAUUUCAGCCCCAGGAAGUCUGGAGGGGGCCCUCCCGGAGCCUGAACAGAGACUUCAAAGCCCUCCUUUUGACAUAAAGGCCAUUGAAGGGAACUGGGAAGCCCAAACACUCCAAGGACACCUUCCCAAAACCCAGGAAGAAGAAGAAGUACAUAAGAAUCCUCUUCAGGUGAUGGAGCCAGGCACCGGAAACCUGCCCCUUGGCAUCCCUCCAGGGGCAGACCCCCAGUACGAAGGACAGAAUGGACAUGAAGCACGCCUGCGAGGGGAACUGAGUGUUGAGGUCCAAGGGGUUGAAUAUCUUGACAUUGGUCACCACAACGAGAAGGCCAGGAAUGGCUGGAGAACAAACAAUCCUUCAGAAGAUGGAACCAGGUGGGCGCUCAGGUCUGUCAAUGGGCAGAAGGAUCUCUGGACGCCAUCCCCGGACAGAGAAGCAAACCUGGCAGUGGUCAAAUCGGGGUCGCUCUAUGACAUCCGAGCUUACAAAGGGGAGAAGAAGCCCUCCAGACUUUACGACGAAGACGAGGAAGAGCUGCGGUACAAGGUGCCCUCUGAGGACGCCUCGCCCAGGAAAGUCGAAGACCUCGAAGGUGAAAGGCAAGAGGUCAUCAGGAGCCAGGUGGUGAGGAAACGCAGCACCAUGGCCGAACGGUGGAGUUCCACGGAUGAGCUGGAAACCGUAAACACAGCAUCGCCCAGCAGAGAUCCGACCGGGAGUUGUAGGAGUUAUUCGACUGGGUUUGCUGUGUGUUUCGACAACCCGUCCCUGGGUUGGGUAAGCACGCCUGUUGACCCCGAAAGCAUAGACACGGAGCAGAUCAAUUUUGCCGCUGCCCGGCAGCAGUUCCUAGCGCUGGAGAAGAGCAAUCCCAAGUUGCUGUUGGGGCCCAGGAGACAGGGCACGUCUCCGCGGUCUCCAGCAAUGAAAAACAUUUGUGAGAACCCAUGCCGGAGCCCUGUGGUCAUGGAGGAUUCUGGCAGGCACAGCCAGAGAGGAUUCGGCAGCACAGAUGAGAAGGUGGACCUUCCAGUCGCUCGGAGAAAAGAGCCUGCUUCACACCAAAGCGUCACCAUUUAUCAAAUGUCUUCUGGAGAAAAUCUGGAUUCUGACAUGAGCAAAGCACCCCAUGAGUUAAGUGUCAUGACGGCCGAUGGGAGAGUAUCGAGGAAGAAGUUUGGAAACCCUCUGGAUUCAGUGGCCAGUGGCCAAGAUCCCAGAGAGCCGGAGGCCAGCGAGGAAACCCCUAUUGAGCGGGAAAUCCGCUUGUCUUGGGAGAGGGAGGAGGAGCUUUGGAAAGAGCGAGGAAUCCAGAGAGCGGCCGAGAGAGACGAGGUGGUGGCGAUCCAAUCCAAACCUCUCCUCUUGUCCUCUGUCUCUUCUCUAGCUUCCUCCAGGAAGGGCAAGGAUAAAGCUUGCAUUUCCUUUUGUGUCCAGAGGGAGAUCGAGCAGGAAAUCAAGCGUGAGGAGGACCUGCAAAAGGAAGGGAGGCUGCUGGGAACAUACGACAAGGGGACGAGGCAGCAGCUUGGGGAGCGCCGGAAAGUUUUCGAGCACGAGGAAGCCGGGCCAUCUCCUCCAUGCCAACCAAAGAUAUCAGGAUUGCCGCCAGAGUCCUCAAAUGGAGAGCCGGCUCCAGAGCAGCCUGGCCUCCACAGCUCCACUGACUUCAGGGAAAGAGGUGCGAAGCAGGCCAUGAAACGCAUCGUGGAGGUCUCCAUGCCCUCUUUGGCUUCACACCCUUCAGACCCGGGCCCAGAGCAUGAACUUGCCUUCUCUGGCCAGAGCUCCUCCAAGGAUAGAGACCAGAUGGACUCCCCUAAACCAAGCCACCCUCGUGCUCAGAAGACGGCCGGCCCAGAAGAGAAACUGGGACUCCAGAAAGAGCAUUUCGCCAUCCCAAUCUGGAAAGCCAAGUUCUCGUUUUCUGAUGACCAAGGCUCACCGAGUACCGCGAGGGAAGACCCCAGGCCCGAGUGGGCGGCCCCAAGGGAGGAACUCUACACUCUGAAAACCUGGAGGCCCCGAACCUCGGCACUGAUCGACCAAGAGAUCCAGGAGGCCUUGGAGAGGGAGGUGGAGCUGCAGGAGCAACGGAGGAAAGCCAGGGUUUCUUUAGCGAGUGACGGGAAUCGCCCUGCCGAGACGGUCCCCUGCUCUCAGUUGUCAUCUCAGAGCUCAGCUGCUUCGGGAGUGGUUGGCUGCUACUCCGUAUCAGGUUCUCCUGUCUUUACUCCUGGUUCCCCUGUAAGGUCAUCGGCUUCAUCCUCCCCAGACAGAUCCUGCUCAGGAAGGUUCUCCUCCGAAUCGGACUUGAAAACACACCAGAGUCUGACACAGCGCCCGCUGGAAGACAAGAAAAGGGGGCCAAGAGAAGAAGGGAAGUAUGCUGGCAUUGAACCCAGUGAUGAAAUCGACACUGAGGUUGUGAAAUCCACCAGAGCCGUCCGCCGCAGGGGCCUGAGGGCUCAGCUCUGGGAGUCAGGACAGAUUUCCAGAAUAGGCGAUGAAGAGGACUAACGGCACUGCCACCGCUCGGGACCUGCAAGGAAAUACCAAAUCUUCAAAAAGGAAAAGGAAAUGACCUAGGGGGCAUGGUGCCUGUGGGAUUUCCCUCUGCUUUUAUAUUUGUAUCCCCUUCCCCCACCCCUGGGUUCAAACGAUUUCAGAUUGUUUAGUAGUAGUAGUCACAUAUUUACAAUCCUGCUUUCUCGAAUCAAGGGACUGGAUAAUUGCCAAAGGCAAGUCUAUAUAACUGCAAGUGGGGUGGCGGGCGGAAUCUGCCACUGAAACCAAAGAAGUGGGUCCUCCUCACAACAGGCCCCGGCAUGGCUAGAGAGGGUGGGGAGUGGGACCCGUUUCUCCUCCUUUCCACGCCUGCGGCUGCUGUGGGUAGAACCUGGCGGCCACAUCCUCUCCUUGCUUCCCUUAGUCCAGGGCUGCACUGCUCUGGCCAUUCUGCAGACGUUGGACUACAACCCCCUUCAUCCCUGGCUAUUGGCCGCUGGGGCUGAGGGCGAUAGGGGUUGUAGUCCAAAAAGAGUUGGAGGGAUGCAGCCCUGCCUUAGUCCACAUAGAACAUACUGUAGGAAGCUGUCAUAUACUGAGUCAGACCAUUGGUCUAUCUAGCUCAGUCUUGUCUUCACAGACUGGCAGCGGCUUCUCCAAGGUUGCAGGCAGGAGUCUCUCUCAGCCCUGUCUUGGAGAUGCUGCCAGGGAGGGAACCUGGAGCCUUCUGCUCUUCCCAGAGCGGCUCCAUCCCCUAAAGGGAAUAUCUCACAGUGCUCACACAUCAAGUCUCCCAUUCAUAUGCAACCAGGGCAGACCCUGCUUAGCUAAGGGGACAAGUCAUGCUUGCUACCACAAGACCAGUUGUCCUUGUUUACAACUGGCAACUUCUUGCACCAGGGAAAGCUCCCAGGUCAGAAACGGUGAUUUCUAAGAACUUAAGCACAGCCCUGCUGGAUCAGGCCCAAGGCCCAUCCAGUCUGGCAUCCCGUUUCACAUUGUGGCCCGCCAGAUUUUAAGUAGCCCAAAAGCAAGGAGCAUGGAUUUGCCAUGGAAGAGGCCACUGCAACCAGUGGGAAGCUUAGCCCAUCUCUGCCCAGCUGCACUUCAAGGGCUGGUGUUGAGACUAAAGUAUCACCAUCAAGAGGGUUACACACACACACACACACACACACACACACACACACACACGAAAUUCAUCGGGCUCUGAUCUGUUCCUGCAGGCGUCAGCAACCAGGGCUGGUUUGCACUUGCUAAUUUCUCUCUCGUUAUAGUUGCAGCAUCCAGAGCUGACACAACGUGUGAACCAGCAAACCCAGGUUCAUCGGCCUGUGGCGGGAUUUCCGAGUGCCUGGGGGGCCAACUCUAAUGUGAUACUUUUUUCCAAUAGACAGCCACUAAGAGCUGGGCCUGUAUGUAUAUAAUUUGUAAGGCUAGAAACAGAAAAGGGAGAAAAGGUUGUUUGGGGUUCCUUCCAGAAUGUAAAUAGAGGACACAGAGUCAAGCUUGACUGGGUGGCGUCUCCAUUCCUCCUCCUCAUUUGGGGAUUCCUUUCACUGGUGGCCUUGAGACAGUCUCUGUUUCCAACACAGGGAAACUGCUUUCACUCUAGUCCUGGGCGUGAUCCGGAAAACACAGAAAUGAACUCAAUCCCCAAUUCCUUUUGGGUGGACUGAAGGACUUGGCCUUUUGGAUUUUCUCUCUCCUGGGCCUACCAUUUCUCACGCUUAUAAGAUCACUUCAGCCAACUAAGAGAGUCUGCGAUGGCUCUCCAGAUAGCUGCUUGUAGCCUAUGUUUGGCUCCUGUUAGCUCCAGCAUAGCCCUGGCAGAACUCAUCUCCUCCCCUCCAGCCCCCAGCCCACCAACAGGGAAGGUGGACGGAGGAAGUUGUCCGCCUGGUCCAUUGUCACCCACUCAGCCCUCAUCCUCCCAUUCUGGAAGGUGUUUCCUGCCCCUUCGCUUCACAAUGGUGGCUUUCGUGGUUGGACGACAGGCCAACAUUCAAGAGAUGAAUUUGCUGCCACUGGCUGACUUUUAUCUGGAGUCCGAGGACCAGUCUGAACAUAGGAGGCUGCCUUCUACUGAGCCAGAUGCACGGCUCACCAAGGUUUACUCCGGCCUCCAGCAACCGUGUGAUCUUCUUAGCUGGAGAUGCUGGACAUAUUGAACCUGGGACCUUCAGCAACCAAAGCAGGCAAGGGAGGAAGGGCAGAGACAUUUAAGGAAGCAGGAGGGCUGUGGGGCUCUGGGAGGGGGCUCCAAGAAGAAGGGGCAGCAACAGAAAAUGGGCAAAGUAAUAUAGGGAACAGAAAGGGGUUCAGGGAGGGGUAAUGCAAGGGAACAGGGAUGUAUGGGGCUCUGGGAAGGGGUUCUUGGCAUAAAGGGUAAGAAGGAAGAAGUUCAUUUAAGGGGGCAAGAGAUUUAUGGGCAGGCCUAGGGAGGGAUUCCAGGAUUCAGGGGCAGCAAGGGAGAAAGGGCAGAGUCAUUUAAGUGAGCUGGAUGUCUAUGGGGCUCUGGAAAGGGGCUCCAGGCACAAGGGGGAACAAGGGCAAAAGGGCAGGUCAUUUAAGUGAGUUGGAGAUCUACGGGGGUUCCAGGCACAAGGGAAAGGGGUUCCAGGCACAAGGGGAAGCCAGGGUGAAAAGGCAGAGUCAUUUAAGGGGCUUGGAGAAUGGAGACACACACACACACACACCAGCAGUGCCUUGUGGGCAGGAUAAUCCCUAAUGAAAGGGCAGCUGCAACAGGAGAGGACCAGCUGAGCCCAGGAGAUUGGUGGGCUGCUCAGGUUUCUGGGGUCCGACAGGUGAGAGAUGGAGAAUCCUGGCAAAUAAUGUAUGCACGCCUUGAACAGAGAAGCUGCAUCUCCUUUCUCAGCAUUAUCCACCCGGCUGCUGUUUCAGGCUGCUGGGCUUCUCUUCCCCUCGCUGAUAUCUCUGUACAAAUCCUACAUCACAGAGCUUGGGAGCCGUCCUUUGGGCUGUCUGCAUACCCCUCCAGAUUCCACCCCAAAGUACCUCCCAUCCCACCUCUGUUCUGAUUCUGCCUCCUGGCUCUGCCUUAAGAACCAGAACGUAUGGCAUCCAAAAGUUAGAGGAGAUCUUCCUCAUGAUAAAGGCAGGCCUUCACGCCUAGUCUGACGUUUGGCGGAGCAGCUAAAUAAGAACCAGGAAAGAAAAGAGAGAAAAACAAGAACCCUAUCCUAAAGUUUAUUUCUCAUUAGACAGGCAUUCAAGAGAGCCUGGCAGGAGAGACCUCACCCCCGCCCCUUCCUUAUGGGGUGAUUUCUUUCUUUUUUUCUUUUGCAAAGGAAGGGAGAUUGUUUGUAUAAAUAAAUAAAAUACUCAUUCUUAACAAUGGAAUUUGAAGCACGCCACGGAGCUGGAGGAGAACCAUUUAGCAAAGCAGAGGCCAGAGUAAGGGGCGACGGUUCAGAGAAUACUAGUCAGAGGGCGUGUAGAAGAUCUGUGCAUGUUUCUAUCUAGUGGAGUUAAUCAUGGACUUCUGACAUUAAGCGUGGAUGCGGAACAUGAUUAGACUGUGUUCCACCCGCAACCAGGAUUGUGGGAUGUGUCUCCCCAAGCCUUGAUGGUAGAGGCGAGCCCUUGUUUCCAUGCAGAAGGUCCCAGGUUCAAUCCCUGGCAGCAUCUCCACUUGUGGAACUCUCUGCCACAGGAUGUGGUGACAGCCAACAACCUGGAUGGCUUUAAGAGGGGUUUGGAUGACUUCAUGGAGGAGAGGUCUAUCAAUGGCUACUAGUCGGAGGGCGGUGGGCCACCUCCAGCCUCAAGGGCAGGGUGCCUCUGAGUACCAGUUGCAGGGGAGGAAUGGCAGGAGAGAGGGCACACCCUCAACUCCUGUCUGUGGCUUCCAGCAGCAUCUGGUGGGCCACUGUGCGAAACAGAAUGCUGGACUAGAUGGGCCUCCUUGGGCCUGAUCCCGCAGGGCUGUUCUUAUGUUCUUAUCUCCAGGUCGGGCUGGGAAAAGACCCAUGCCCAAAACCCUGGAAAGUGGGAAACCCAAACCCAGCAGCUGCCUGUCAGUGUAGACAGUACUGAACUAGGUGGACCAACGGUCUGACUCAGUAGGAAGCAGCUUCACAUAGACCUAGUUUGACAGUGGACUUUUACCUGAACUUGUUGAUGAACUGCCUUCGUUGUUUUUAUUGAAUGGGGAUUUUUUUCUCUCAAUGUGAUGCUGUAACUUGAUACUUAUUCUCUGAGCAAGCGGCAUAGAAAUAAAUGAAAUUAUGUGCA